UUUAGAAGCGCACAAUAGGAAAACGAACAUGGAAUACAAGUAACGAGCCAUUGCGUAGCCUAGGACGUAUACUGAUUUCUUUUCGACGGCUGCAUCACCGAUUUAUGUCACAACCCGAACGUGUCAAAUAUUUGCUGAUAACUUGACGGGUUCAAAAGUCAUCGACACUUGGAUGCUAGUCAACACACUUGUGUAAAUAUUUCAGUACAGGACUAAUCAUGUACGUCGGAGUGGAUUGAGAUUCGUCUAAUUGUAAGAAAGAAACGAGUUCAGGCUGUCAUCAACUCUAACAACAUCCUGGUCCACAUCUCAAAUUUGAUGUUGACGGAUUCGUUGAGUGUUAUUGACAGUUCAAUGCGUGUUCUGCAGCCCUUUGUAAAAGAAUAGAAAAUUGAAAUGGAAACACGGGGACGACAAUGAUCCACCUCAAGUUUCCAGCAAUCGUCCGAACAACUUUGACUUGAUUCCUACGCUUCCGUUGGGCUACAAACGAACACUUAUUUCUGCUAGAGACUUGCAGGCCAGCAAUCUCAAAUCCUCAAGAAGGGCCCCGCAUUAAGGUAAACAUAGGUUGGAAUAAAUGUUUGUUACAUCCCAACUGGAAAAGAAUAUGUCAACGAAAAUGAAACAACGGAUCGCAAAAAAAAUACCCGAUAAACGAAAAAUAUCAACGCAUUUUCCGACACAGGACGAACGAGAAACUAAAGUGCCAGGGGGAAUCUGCUGGCAUCGCCUGCAUUGAUUUAGAGAAACGAAGAGGAAAAGAUACGGAAAAGACGACAAAGAAGCUGACACGGAAACAGAAAUACUUUUUGAUUCACAAAAGAAGAAAAAGGAAAAUGUACGAGCAACGUAAAAGAAGAGAACCAGAGACGUGAUUAAUUCGAGGAAAGUAGAAAAAUGCUGAUAGCGAGGUUUAAUUGAUUUCUGAAGCAGCUCGACAACGUCCUUGAGACUUGUUUUCACUAUUUGAAACAAAAACAAAAAAAACGCUGCAACUAAGAAGAAUCGGCUCUGGUAUUUCCCAUGAAAAUGGACAUAGGACAGACCAACGCGUUAGCACAACAUCAUUUCUAGAUUUCCUCGUAUUUCAUUUUAAGCCGCUGUGCGAAGACGAAAGGAUGGGACGUGAUCUUUCCGGGACGAUUCGAUCAUUUCUUAUUAUUUUGGCGCUAUCUACUUGCUGUUUCACGACCGCUCCACCUGAUUUGCAAGCUAGAGUUGAGCAACUUGAGAAAUACUAUGUCGAAAUUAAAGAACAUUUUGAAGCCAAAAUUAUUGAUUUGGAGACGAAAGUCGUUCGCCUGGAAGCCAAAGUUGAAAAACAGGAUUCACUUUUGGCUGAUUUGAAAAAAGGACACAAACCCUUGAAAGAGAAUGUCGACAUCAACCAACAUUGUCGUCAAAACGCUACCCUUCGUACUUGCCACGAAAUCCACGUUGCUAAUCCGUCGUACCCAUCUGGUAUGUACUGGAUCGAUCCUGACGGCCAAGGCAUUGGUGAUCCACCAAUCCACGUCUAUUGCGAAAUGGAGGCAGAACAAAGUGAUGUCAAAGGUACAACAUCCAUCCUGCACGAUAGCGAGUCGCAAAUGGACAUUGGAAAUUGCACCGAACCUGGAUGUUACUCGAGGCCGAUCAAAUAUUACGCAAGCGAUAGACAAAUCGAAGCGUUGAUUCAAUUGUCCACUUACUGCCAUCAAAAUAUUAUGUACCAUUGCAGAAAAACACCGUUAAACUUCAACGGGAUCGCCUAUGCUUGGUGGAACGACAAAGAUGGCGAAAGGCACAAGUUUUCUAAUCGGUCGACGACGUGCGACCAACUAGCUUACACAGAAGGUUACGAUUUACAAUACGUCGUGGACAACGUUUCUCUGCCUAUUACGCGCAUCCAUUUUAGCAAUCCGUUUAAAGGAUUCGGCCAACACCAAGUGAGUCGGUUGCGAUGUCGCGGAAAGGCAAAGACGGAGGCGAUGCCGAGAUCGUGUGAAGAUUUGUGGCGGAUGGGCCAUAACCUCAACGGAAUCUACUCCGUCAAAGGAGCUAAACAAAUGGAAACUGUUUUCUGCCAAUUUGAUAAACGACCUAAUGAACAAGAUUUCCAGAAGAGGAUUGGCUAUCAAGACAUAAAGACACGACCAGUAUACUUCUCCGGAGAGGGAAGGCGAUUAUUUAUGGAAAAGUUGAUUCCAAUUCCGUUUGAUCAUGACGUAGUCAACAUUGGAGGGGCCAUGGAUUCGCAUAGCGGCGUAUUCACAGCACCCUCUACGGGGACUUACUUCUUUUCUUUUACUGGACUCACGGGUUUUAAAGGAGGGGUGGUAAUAACCGAAUUCACGUUUCUUUCUAGUAGAGGAGUAGAGGAGAAAAUAAUGAAACAUUCUACUAUAAGCUUUUCAAAACUUACAACUUUUAAUCCAAUUACCGUUCAAAGUACUCUACGUUUGCAAGCCGGAGAUAAAGUAUGGAUCAAUCUCGAUUUUCGUAAUGAUGCCACAUUUCGUUUCGUAGACAACACGAUUUUUAGCGGAUGGCUUUUAGAAGAAGAAAUCUAAGCAUCGCCAACGUUUUACACAAGCCAGUUUGGCAGCAAAUACUACGACCAUGAAAACAAAAGGGCACCAACAAGCACAGAACGUCCUUCAUUCCGACCCCAUCAACUUAUAAAUAUGCUUCUAAAUAUGUUUUCAAUCUCACUGUUCAUUUCGAAAUUAAACAUGUUAGCGAAACCGGUUUCAGUAGCUAGUACGACAGUAGCAGGUACGAAGUCUUGAAAGCCGUAAGGCUUCGCAAAAACUACGUAUUUAACAGAGGACCUUCUUAUUUUCGUUCAUCAGUACACAGAGAUUGAACGUCACUCUUCAAGUUUAAAAAAAAAAAAAAAAAGUUACAUAUCGACCAUUACAACAGGAAAAGGAUGAAUGUUUUUUUUUGCUAGCCAAAGACUUGCCAUUUUAUUGACAUCCCACAAUCGCCACUUCAGCCGAACAUACGGCGUCCUAAAAAAAUGCGAUUCGUUGCUAUUCAAUAGCUAUUCUAUUCAGCCGUCGGUGGUGGUGGAUCCUAGGGUGGAUUCGGCGGAGGAUAUGGUGACGGACACGGUGGCUGCCCCGCUUGUUAAACUUUAACUGAAAGAAUUAUCCUUGAAUGAUUCAUCUUUGACCAACCAUGAAUGACGAAAAAUGUUGCAGAUUUUUAACGAAGAUUGUAGAUCAAUCCUAUAUUAUAUACUGUUGUAAUUGUGACCUAUCAAAUACAGUAUCAUUACUUUAA